AGUCGAACACGCAAUUGCCAAUGAAUUCCUCGUCAAUCUGCACUGUUCACAGCGUACCGAAAUUAUUUACGUCUGGGUUUGCUGAUAGAAGAAGAACGUAGGUGAUGGAUGGGUCAGUAGGCGACAACUUGGUUGUCAACUGGGACAGAAGAAGAAGAAGUGUAGCUAAAACGUGAAUUCUUCCUGUACAUAUCACCCAAACCCCUGACCUGGGAGUCAUGAGCUGCUUGUGGAUGGGCAAUGUUGAUCCCUACAUGGAUGAAAACUUUGUCACCCGUGCCUUUGCCACCAUGGGAGAGCUUGUGGUCAGUGUAAAGAUUAUCCGAAACAAAGCCAACAAGUCUGCUGUUGGUUACUGCUUCGUGGAGCUGCCAGAUAAAGCCGCAGCAGAGCGAUGUCUCCGAAAAGUUAAUGGAAAACUUCUACCAAGAUCCAUGCCGCCCAGAAGAUUCAAGCUAAAAACAGCAGGUACCGGGAAGCAUGGGGAUAACAGACAUGUAAGCCUGUGGUGUCAAUGUCGUUGUCGCAGAAACGAGAGUGGGUAUUUUGAUCCCGCCAGCUCUCAGCCAUACACCUGUAACAACAACCAGUACUGUGACUUCAACGGCUCUCAGCCAUACAUUUGUGUCCACAACCAGUACUAUCAGAACUGCCCUAACUGCUACACAAAUUGGGGAUAUGAUGAGACUGCGGGCCACAGUUCAUAUAACUGUUAUGAUCAGGCUUCUGAGGACACAUGUGAAGAUGGUGGGCUUGAAGACCCUGGAUUGAACCUGGAUGUAGCAGAAGCAAACAGACAGUUCAUGAUGGACAGUGAGGAGCUCUAUGAUGCCUUUAUAGACUGCCAUUGGCCUGCUUUUGAAUUUCCUGACUCUUCUGAAUACCCUCCUGAUUACUCAUAGAAUGAGUAGAUAGACUGUGGAUCCUCUGGUGGUGACAUAGGACUAAUGUGGUCCCUUCAGAGGAUUGUGUGAAAAUCCUGAUUUUGGAAAUGAAGCUGUUUUAAUCCAUUUUUCCAGUGUUCUUGGCAUCAGGAGCGAGUUUAACAGGUAUCUGAAACAUGAGGAGAUAACACAAACUUGUGCAGCUCUUGAAAGGAUACAGACCACAGAAGCUGUUCUGUUUUCAAA